UCAUUUGUUCACACCGUCAUCCCAAAAAUGAAGAAUUCAUCCCAGCCAACCUAUUCUUCUCAUCUCCGAUCCACGAUUCAAGCUUCAUUCCAUUUUCUUAAUCUUAUCUCAAACCCCAAUUUCGUUGGCUGAUUAUUCGAGAUGGGUUUUUUCACUUCAUCUUCUUUAGGGUUUGUUCACUGUUUGUUCUUGAUUAAUCGAUGAAUCUGUUAACCGAUCGAUGGAGAAGAUGAUUACAGAUUAGUAGGAUGAUGAAGACGAUCGGAACAUGAUGAUCGGAUCGUCGUCCAGUGAUGGGAAGAUGGUGAUAAAACUCAAGAUUUCGAAACUUUCAGAUGAAGAUGUAACGGAAGAUGAAGAAUCUCCGGUGAUCGGAAAAAGGGUUUUUGUGGAAUGCAAAAAGGAGUUUAGCUCAGGUAAAGCAUUGGGUGGUCACAUAUCAGGAUCUGGUUUCCACAUACUUUGUGGGAGAGAACAGAAAUAAAGAAAUACAAUGAGGCCAUCCAGCUAAAAUCUUUUGAAACAAUGGCGUAUAUCAUAAAGAAUCCACCCAAGAAUUUUAAGGCCUUUGUAGUUGGGCAUUUUUGCGAUCGUGCGGUUGACAUUCUAAGGGCUACUAAUGCUUAUAGGGAGGGCCUGCAAUAUACGGGAUGACGUUGAUUCAAGCAUGAUCCGUCCUUUUGUUGCUUUUAUGUGUAUCAGAGCAACUGGAGCUUCCAAUUUCACUCCUAUCGGACCAUUCGGGGGUUUUGGAUCAUUUUUAGAGCGUUCAAUUGGGUCUGCUUCAACAUUAUCUCAGACAACGCCGAUCUCUCCGACUCCUUCCACCAUCGAGAUAACAUUAAAAAGUAUGGCAAGAUGCCUCUUGGACUACCAUCAGAUGGUAAUAAGAAGAAGCCAUCUCAGGAUCAUCAUCUUGAGGACAGGUUCGCCAAGAUGCGUCUUACACCAUCUGGUUAAGAAGGCAGUUGACAUCAUGAGUGGUCCUAAGGAAGCCAGUAGUUAUCUCAAUGAUUUGGAAAGAGCUGAGUAUGGAAUUCGCGAGGCUACUAAGGUCUACAGAUGUUUUCUUCCACUUGGCUUGAUCGAGAGAGUGCUAGCUUCUUUAUUACCGGCUGUGACAAGAUUUAUACAAGGAAGGACGGGAAAAAAAUCAUUAUGCGUGUAGCUUCAUAAAUGUCAACAAACAAUGUUUUUUAAUCAAUGCAUGUCUUGUAGUUUUCCAGUCACAUUCAAUAACUGACAACAGGCCAUAGAAACUAGAAAGGUGGGUACUUUUCACAUGAAUGAGGUUCUAGCCAAGAAAGGUGGGUACUUUUCACCUGAUUCGCCAAGUGGAAGCACAUCACUACUGCGGCCAUCUGAACGAAGACAUGCGACAAUGUCUGGUCUACGACUGGCCUGAUGCCGAUGCGCGGUUGAUCGGGCUGGAAUACAUAGUAACUGAAGAACAGUUUUUAACUCUUCCGGACACCAAAAAACCGAUGUGGCAUAGCCACGAGUAUGAGGUGAAGAGCGGCGUGCUCUUCCUUCCCGGUGUUCCCGGUCCGGUUGAACGAAAAGAUCUCGAGAAAGUGGCGAAAACAUAUGGGAAGACCAUACACUUUUGGCAGGUGGAUAGUGGUGAUGAACUGCCGCUCGGGUUACCGCAGGUGAUGAUGGCGCUAACGCGAGACGGGCAACUCUACCCGAGCCUCACCAUCGUUUCGUUUAUUCCAACUAUAGGGGUGUUUGUUAUUCGGUUUUAAACCGAUUUAACCAAAAACUGUUUAAAAUCGAAGCAAAUUACAUAUUUGGUUUUGUGGUUUGGUUUUCGGUAACAAAAGUAUGAAACCGUUAUAAACCCGAACAGAAUUACAUGUUUGGUUUUCCGGGUUCAGAAAUCUAAACUGAAAUCGACCAAAACCAAACAAUUUUACAUAUUUGGUUAUGGCGGUUUGGUUUUUGGUGGUUUUCUGGUUCAGAAUUCUUAACUAAAACCAAUGUGGUAUAUCUCAAUACGUGACUCAAGUUGGUACGACCAUCGGGUACACCAUUACUUCGGCGAUCAGUAUGGCGUAAGCGAUAACUAAAAACUCAGAACUUAUAGUUUAAAUGUGUUUGUUUAGCUAGCUAAUUUUGGAAUAUCUUGUGGUUAACCAGGGCGGUUAAACAGAUAUUUGUUUCUCAUGGUAGAAAAAAUCCGUGAUCUUUUGUUAUGAGAAUCUGAUCAAGAACUAUCAUUAUUUUCGCAGGGUUUAACAGGGUUUAACGAAGAUAAAGCGAUGUAGAAGUGUAUCUUCAGUACACACAAAAAGCUCUUGAAAUGCUCAUCAAGAUCUCAAAGAUUUGAGAGCUUUAAAGACCAAAGGAUUAGAACAAAUUUAUAUUGUGUUUUUUGAUAUCGUAUAUUGUGAAUAUUAGAUUCAGUUACUAGCAUGUUUUAAUAAACCUUUGGAAGGAGUCAACUUUGGUAUAAAUAUAGCAAUUGUUUUUUACU